AUGGCUCCAGGAGGUCGUGUACGUAAAGAGCUCGACGAGUGUCAGAAAGACUCGCACCUGUCGGGUGUCACGGCCGUGCCGGUUCACGCGACGUCACUGUUUGAGUUACGUGGCUCGAUUCAGGGGCCAGAAGGCACGCCAUACGAAGGCGGUCAGUUUGAGCUCGAGAUCUGCAUUCCUCCCAAGUACCCGUUCGAGCCGCCGCAGAUGCGCUUCUUGACCAAAAUCUGGCACCCAAACAUAUCGUCCCAAACAGGCGCCAUUUGUCUGGAUAUCCUCAAAGAUGCGUGGUCACCAGCCCUGACAAUCAAGACGGCCUUGCUAUCAAUCCAAGCGCUGCUGUCGGCAGCUGAACCCACGGACCCACAAGACGCCGAGGUGGCCAAGAUGUAUCUCCAUGACCAAAAGCAGUUCCUCAGCACUGCACGCUUCUGGACCGAGAGCUACGCCAAGCAGACCAACACUGGAGACGAUGCAGCACUGUCCAGACUCAUGGAUAUGGGCUUUCCAUCGGACAAAGCAAAGGCAGCACUGCUUGCAGCCAAUGGCGACGAGAAUGCAGCAAUCGAGAACUUGGUCAGCAGCAUGUAG